CAAGUACAUUUUAGUGCAAACUCGGAUGACUUGGCAUGAGGCUAGGACAUACUGUAGGUCCAGAUACACAGACCUCGUCAGUGUGAGGAACAGCUCUGAGAAUAAUAACAUCUCCUCGCUGCAGUCAGAGUGGACCUGGAUCGGUCUCCACAGAAAGAUCUGGGCUUACUGGUCUGACCAGACCCCCAAGAACUUCACUAACUGGAAAGAGGGUCAGCCCAUGAAAACUCAGGAGACUUUAAAAUUAUGUGCUGCGGUCAACACAACCACAGGACGUUGGUCGGCUGUCGGCAGUGACAUGAAGCACCAUUUUAUCUGUCAAUAUCAACCUCUUCAGCGCCAAACGUUCAAGUUAAAGUUCCAGUCUGAGGCCGACCUGAAUGAUCCUGCUGUUCAGCAGCAGAUUUUAGAGCAGCUGCAUGCUAAACUGGAGAAACAUGGAUUACCAGACUUUAAACUUCGCUGGAUCCAGACGGAUGGACAGACUUUUCACAAGGAAAAAAAGAGGAAGAAAGAGGAAGGGUCGUGCGGCUGAGUGGUCAUUUUGCAGAGGACGUCGUGGUCUUCAACUGCUCCUGUAACACAAUGUUUUAUCUUCUAUUUCAGGUUUAGUUUCACUACAUAUUUUCCAAACUGCACUAUAAUAAUGUUUUUUGUGUGAUAAUGUAUUUGGUUGCAUGCAGCGACAGUACAUCAUAUAUCAUCUGUCUGUGUUCAUGCAUUACUUGCAAUCCGUUGCAAAAAUUACUUUCUUUUAUUCUGAAAAUGUUUGUUUCAUAGGAUUUUUGUUUGCAUGUCUGCAGUUCAAGGAAAGUCAAAAAUAUAGAUUUCUGCUUGUGACUUCAGAGCAUGUAGUGAAGUUUGAAAUGCGUUUGAAAAAUAUAAACAUGUUUUUGUUUAUGUCAUAUUUAAAUGUUUUAUGUUUUAAAAGUUUUAUGAGUCCUUUGAAAUGUAUGAACUUUUAAUGCUUGAUGUUUAGCAGUCUUUUUCUGUCUUUGAAAUAUGUGAUUUUAGUAAAUGAGCAGCAUAACAAUCAGCUGUGAUUCUUAGCAAUUAAUUUCUUACAAUGUGUUUUGUGUUUUACCCCUGUAGCAAAAGUUUAUAUUAAAUAUGUAACAUUAAAAAGACUUUCAACUUGUAUUAAAGCACACAUGGGGAGA